AUGGUAAACCUUUUUGGUGGAAAAAAGUCAACCUUCUUGGUUAUGACGAAGACUAUGGUUCUCAUUCUUUUCUUUCUCGCUCUUAUUUCAUCCACAUCUCAUGCUUCUAAUUUUAAUGAUUUCUGCGUAGCAGACCUCAAGGCUCCAGAGAGCCCUUCUGGCUAUCCUUGUUUACCACCUAAUACUUUGACGGCAGAUAACUUUGUGUUCACUCUUCAACUUCCAAACACCACAAACCCUUUACUCAAAGCAGGAAUUAACACUGCAUUUGUCAAUGACUUUCCUGCUCUCAAUGGCCUUGGCGUCUCUGCAGCACGUGUAGUUAUUGAAAAAGAUGGAUUUUUUCCACUGCACACACAUUCAGAUGCCACUGAACUAAUAAUCACAGUAGAAGGUGAAAUCACUGCUGGAUUCGUGACACCUACGAAAGCUUAUGUGAAGACGCUGAAAUCCGGAGAUCUUAUGGUUAUCCCAAAGGGACUAUUGCAUUUUGUUGUGAAUUCUUGUAAGGGGAAAUCUACUGGUUUUGCAGUUUUUAGUAGCUCAAACCCUGAUGUCCAAUUAUUUAAUGAUAUAUUUGCCAACAAUGUACCUUCUCACAUACUUGCACAAACUACCUUCCUUGAUGUUGCCCAAGUCAAGAAGCUUAAGGCUCGUUUCGGUGGCAGCGGCUAGGAUUAUUUUCUAGCGUAUUAAUUCAUGUGUUUGUAACAGUAAUCAUCAUCAACAAUAAACGUCAUUGUUUGUUUCACCUUUUUUCCA